AUGCAGGACCUGCGCCCUGAUGGUGCUAGGAACCUCCUGCAUCAGAAGGCGGAGAUGGCCCACCGGCUGCGGCGGAACCUGUCGGACCCCGCGCUGCGCUCCGCGGUCAAGACGCGCGGCGGCGCCCUCCCGCCGCCGCCCGCCGACCUGUUUGCCAGGGUCGACACUGGCAUACGGCGGCCGAGGGUGUCCCGGGGCGCCUCGCCGCCACCCGCGGGGCGAGAGGGCAGGCUGACGGUGCCGGCGGCGACGCAGGCCGCCGCACCAGCGUCGCGCCCACGGCCCCUGCAGCCCCGCGCAGCGGCGGCAGGCCGCGGCAACGCCCCGCGGAUGCGGCCGCAGAGCGCGUGCUCCGCCGCCUCGUCGCGCUCUGCGGGCUCGCUGGCGCGGGCUCACAGGGAGGCGGCGCCGUGGCCGUGUGCCGCGGGGCCGCCCGCGGACGCCUUGGGAGGAGGCUGCGCCGAGGACGCGCCGCCCGCCCUGCACCAGCUGCAGGGAGCGCUGGACAGGCUCGCGGAGCUGGAGCGCGAGCGGCGGCGCGUCUUCGACACCAUGGUCCUCGACCCCGGCCGCAGCGCGCUGACCCGCUUCGCGGAGAGCGUGGGCGGCAGCGGCAUGCACACGCCCGUCUCGGCGGCCUCCGUGGGCAUCGGAGGCCAGGGCUCCGCCAGCAGGCAGAGGUCGGCGCCCCCGCGGCUGUCCCGGGCGCCCGCGCCGGAGCAGGGCGCGGAGCUCGCCCUCGCCACGACGUUGGAGUCCGAGGCCAUGGAGAAGCCGCAGUGGCUGCUUGCCGACGGCCGGCUCCUCACCGCGUCCCUGGAGGGCGAGAACGAGGCGCUGAAGCGCGCCGUGCUGCGCGCGCGGUCCGAGAUCGACGACCUCGUGCGGCGCCGCUGCGAGGCCGACGCGCGCGCGCGCUCGCUGGUGUUCGAGAACUCGGCCGCCGCGCAGGCCCUGCAGCGCGCCGCCGCCGGGGCCGUGCGGCGCCCCGGGCCUGCUGCCUGGCCGGCCGGCGGCUCCUCCACGCCGGUCGCGUCUGCGGGGUGCCAGCAGCCGGGAGAGCGCAGUUCGGCGGCCGCCGCAGCGAGCCUGCGCCGGCUGGUGCUCAGCACGCCCUCAGAGGCCUCCUCGUCGGGCGGUGCCGACGCCGUGAGGGAGCAGGCUCGGUCCAGGCUGCUGGAGACGAGCCUUACCAUAGAGAGGCGCAUGGAUGAGCUCUUCGCUCGCAGAGGCAAGCUGCAGGCCAUGGUCGAGAAGGAGGCGGUCGAGCAGACCGACAGCGUCUCUACGGACUCCGCCCCGUGA